AUGACCGACGUAAGUAGCUUAGCUGUUCAAGCAGUAGAUUCUAAUGAACCUGUAGUAGAUUCUAAUGAACCUGUAAAUAUAGUAGAAGAUUCUGUUGAAGUAGUUGUCCCUGUAAAUAUUUUAGAUAAACAUGAGAACUAUGUAAAGAAAUUUAGAAUUCAUGGAAUUAAUACUGUUUUUAAGUUUUCUAAUCCUCCUGUUGAAACUAGUGAGAUUGAUUGGCUAAGACAAGGGUUUGGUCAAAUUGUCAAUGAAAUGAAAGAAGUUUGUGAGGAGGGUGACCAAUUGGGAUUUACUUUGCGAUCACUUAACCUAAAAAGUAAAGAGGGGUUUGUUGCUUUUCGCCCAGCAAAUGAAGUUAACGAGGAUGUUUUGUGGCAAAUCUUUGGAGGUAUAGUACAAAGUAAUUCUGAAUUCAUCAAGUCCACAGAUACAUUUCAAGUUGAAUGUACUCGAGUUAAUCUUCCUGUAGGAUUGGGGGGCCGCAAAAGACCUGGCUUGUUUAAUACCUUUGAUGAUGAAUGUAAAGAAAGGAAAGGGAUUGUUGUGAUAAAUAACAAAGAUAACUUGUGUCUUCCUCGUGCUAUUGUAGUGGCUAUAGCUAAUGUAACUAAAGAUCUUGAAUACAAAGCUGUUAGACAAGAUGCUAAGAAAAGACAGACUGUUAGAGCUCAAGAACUUGUAUGUAGAGCUAGAGUUGAGAUGCCGGAGGGUGGAGCAGGUAUUUCUGAACUUGAAAAAUUCCAGGACUUGCUUAAAGAUUAUAAAAUCACUGUGUACAACUACAAUGCUAAAGGUAGGGAUGUUUACUUUGAGGGAAAUGUAGAGAAUCCCAAGUUCAAAAUUAACUUGUUGUUUCAUAACCGUCACUAUAAUGUAAUUACUAGUCUGACAGCUGCUUUUGCAUGUGUGUACUUUUGUGAUGCCUGCCAUGUCCCGUAUGAUCACAAAGGUGAGCAUCGUUGUUCAAAUAUUUGCCCACAGUGUCAGACCAUCUCACCCCCUUGUGUAGAGGAGCAUGGGGGAAUCUUGUGUCCUAAAUGUAACAUGACUUAUAAAAACCAACACUGUUUCAUUGCACACAAAACUGAUAAGUGUAAAAAUGUAAAGAAAUGUCUUGAUUGUGGGAAACUAGUUUGGCUUAAAGAGAGGUCCAAGCCUCACAAGUGUGGGGAAGUGUAUUGUAAGCCUUGUGGAGAAUUUAAAGAUUCUAACCAUAAAUGUUAUAUGAAACCCAAUAAGGGUAAACCUAAAUCUAAAGACUAUGUUUUUAUUUUCUUUGAUCUGGAAACCCGCCAGGAUGAGUCCCUGCCCUCUGAUCCUGAAAGUAAAUUGCAUAAAGUAAACUUGUGUGUCUGUCAGCAGUUUUGUUACCGGUGUAUUGAGGGGAAAUUCUGUAUAUCAUGUAAAAAUCGUACACGUGUGUUUGACUCUGACUCUAUCAACCGGUUUAUGAACUAUGUAAUGUAUGUGAGGAAACAGUUUAAAAAUGUCUGUGUAAUUGCACAUAAUGGGCAGGGUUUUGAUUUUCAAUUCUUGCUAAAGUACUUGUUGGAAGAAACAAAAUUCACACCAGAACUUGUAAUAAGGGGAACCAAAAUUAUCUUAAUGAAAAUUGACAAUGUAAGGUUUGUGGACUCACUUAGCUACUUCCCUAUGGCUCUGUCUGCUCUGCCUAAAGCCUUUGACCUACCUCCAGAGAAAAAGAAAGGUUAUUUUCCCCACUUGUUCAACACAUUGGCAAACCAAAACUAUGUAGGUCCUAUGCCACCCAAAGAGUACUAUUGUCCCGAAUCUAUGUUUGAAAAAUCCCACAAUGACUUUGACAAAUGGUAUAGUGAACAGAUUGCUAACAACUAUAAAUUUAAUUUAAAAAAGGAGUUGCAGGAAUACUGUAUGUCAGAUGUUGAUAUCUUGGCUCAAGCCUGUCUAAAGUUCCGCUCAAUCUUUCUAAAAGAGUGUAAUGUUGACCCAUUUCUCGAGGCUGUUACCAUUGCGAGUGCCUGUAAUCUAGCUUUCCGCCGUAAUUUUCUGAAACCCAACACUAUUGGCAUCAUCCCUAAGAACGGUUAUCGGUUAGUAGACAAUCAAUCGGUAAUUGCACUCCAAUGGCUUUCUUGGGUUGAGGAAACCAAUGGGAUUAGGAUUGAUCAUGCUGGACGAGGCAAAGAAGUCAAAGUUAAUGGGGUGAAGGUAGAUGGGUUUGAUGGUAGAAACAUAUACGAGUUCCACGGAUGUUACUGGCACGGGUGCCCUAAAUGUUUUAAUUACAACCGUCACGCCCCCUUGAAGGAAGAUCCCUCUGAUUUAUUUCAUCUCCGUUAUGAGAGAACUAUGGCUAAAAACGCCAAGUUUACAGAACACGCGCUGGUAGAGAUGUGGGAAUGUGAAUUCUGUAAGAUUAAAAAGGAUCAAAAACUAAAUCAUCUAGACAGUCUGCCUAUCUUGAACAAUCUCCCAUUAGACCCACGACAGUCUUUUUUUGGAGGUAGGACAGGCAACGCGAAAUCCUAUCACAAAUGUGCUGAGGGGGAAACUAUUCAAUAUGUUGAUGUUUGCUCUCUCUAUCCAUAUGUUUGUAAGUAUGGGAAGUACCCUGUAGGCCACCCAACUAUCUAUGUAGGGGAUAGGGAGUGUCGUGAGAGAGGUAUGGAAGUAGAGGGGUUGUUAAAAUGUAAAGUUUUGCCGCCUCAUGAUCUCUAUCACCCUGUACUCCCUACAAAAAUGAAUGAUAAAUUGAUGUUUGUGUUGUGUAGGACAUGUGGGGAAAUGAUGUACCAAGGGGAGUGUAAUCAUGAUAGUGAUAAUAGGGCACUAGUUGGGACUUGGACUAUGGAUGAGAUUAGGAAAGCUGUAGAGAAAGGGUAUAUUGUACUGUACAUGUAUGAAUUGUGGGAGUAUCAGGUAGCGACUUAUGAAAAUAGGGGCUUGUUCACUGAUUUUAUUAAUACAUUUCUUAAGAUGAAACAGGAAGCUUCGGGCUAUCCAGAGUGGUGUAAGACUGAGGAGGAUAAAAAUAAAUAUAUUGCAGAGUAUUUGAGACAUGAGGGAAUCAAGCUGGAGAAAGAAAAGAUUGUUAAGAAUGGGGGUUUGAGGUCUUUGGCAAAAUUAAUGUUAAAUAGUUUUUGGGGAAAAUUUGGCCAGAGGGAGAACCAGACUAAAGCUACAAUUGUUAGGGACUCUAAAACCCUCUUUCAAAUGUUCUCAUCCUCUGAAAUUAAAGUGAAUAGGCUCCAGACUGUCAAUGAUGAGGUUGUAGUUGUUUCCUGGGAGUAUUUGGAAGAAGUUGGGGAGCCUCUCAGUAAUGUAAAUGUUUGUAUCGUGGCUUACACUACCUCGCAAGCUAGACUCAAGCUCUAUGAACAUCUUGAUGCCUUAGGAGCUCAAGUAUUGUAUUAUGAUACAGAUAGUGUUAUAUUCUAUCACCGCCAAGGUCUGUAUAGAGUCCCUAUAGGAGAUUACCUUGGUGAAAUGACAGAUGAAUUGACAGAUUAUGGACCCGGUUCCUACAUCACUGAACUUGUCUCUGGGGGACCUAAAACUUAUGCGUACCUUGUCUGGUCAACCAAUCAACAGAAAUUGAUCCCAGUUUGUAAAAUCAAGGGCCUCACCCUCAACUUUAAAACAUCAAAAGUUGUAAACUUUGAAAAACUGAGAGAAAUGGUCCUAAGUGAAGUAAAACAGUCAAUUGAAAUUGAAGAAAGUAGAAUCAGAAAAACAAAAGAUAGAGACGUCGUUACGAUUGCAGAGAGCAAAGUGUUUAGGAUCACUGGCCCAAAAAGAAGGUAUGAAGGAGAGUAUGACACUCUACCUUUUGGUUUUAGAAAAGUCCAAAGAGACUUGUAA